UUUGUGUGCUGCGCGGUGCAACCGGUAAGUUGGUACCGCGGGAGAGGCAGUUUAUCGUGCCGCUGAGUGUGGUCAGGACUGAAAGGAGCGACGAUUCAGGAAGAGCUGGUCGAUUGCGAAGAAAGAAGCUGUUGUUGUUGAAUUGAGAGGGACGGAAAGGGUCGGGCGUCGAGGCUGUGUGACUCCCGACUGCUGCACCUCGUCAGCAGCAGGCCUUCGCGACGACGGCUGGUUGGUGCUAGCAAGUGCCCGUUGGACGCCCCUACCCUUCCCUGCUUUCAUCUGAGAAGGACGAAAUCCAGCAGGAACCUAGAAGAGUUGCGAGAAUCGUGCGCGCGCGUUGUCCAGCAAAUUUGAAAUUUGAACAUCUCCAAAUUCUCUGCUGGAAGGAGUCAUCAGGAUGGCGACAUCAGCAACGAAGUCGUCAGCGGCGAAAAUUUCCCCAGCAGCAGGAAACGCGUGGACGGGGGGGUCCGCUGUGUCUGCCGGUGGGGGGCGUGGGCUUGCGCCGGCGUUGAAGGAACCACUGAGAGUCAUCGCGCACAUCGAUAUGGAUGCCUUCUACGCUCAGAUAGAGCAGCUCCGAGACGCCGCCUUGACGGGCAGGCCUGUCGUGGUGGUUCAGUACCCCACAUCUAAUCACGACAUCAAGGACAUGGAGCCGGACGACAACCGCGUGGUGGAAGGUUCUGCUAGCUCCAUCAUCGCCGUCAGCUACGAGGCUCGUCCUUUCGGGGUGAAGCGCGGCAUGAAGGCCGGUGACGCUCGCAAGGUUUGCCCAGAGCUGGCCCUGGUGCAGGUGCCCACCCGCAACGGCAAGGCGGACAUCUCGCUCUACAGACACGCGGGCGAGAGAGUGGUGGCCGUCCUCGAGCGCGCGGGGGGUGCGUUAACCACCGUCGAAAAGGCUUCGAUCGACGAGGUUUACGUCGACGUUACGCGCGCUGCGCAUGCUCUCCUCUCGAGCCUUGGCAGCCACAACAGCGAAAGCAGCGGCAAUCAGCAGCAGCAGCAUCAGCAGCAAGAUGAGGAGGGGAAAGGUACAAGCACUGCAGAGGGAAACAAAGCCCCGCCAGCAGCGUCGCCGAGGGAGGAUGGGGGGGUCAGCAAGAAGCGAUGGGAGGACAUUGGUGAGGGGGGGUGGACCGCCGUCUUGUCGGCGACUGCGACCACUCAUGUUGCCGGCCUGAGCGACGACGAUGCAUCGAAGGAGCAGCAACUCGCUGACGGAGUUUCCUGGUGGGCCAGGACUAAAGAGGCGUUCACGCGAGACCAGGAGCUCCUCAGCUGCGGCGCGGCGGUGGUUUCGAGGCUCAGGGCCGCCGUGCGCUCCGAGCUCGGCUACUCCUGUACCGCAGAGGGAUAG